AUCUUGUUCAAUAAUUACGCUGCGCAACCGUCAUUAAAAUUGCGACAUGUAUUCCUAGACCUCAAGUCAGUCUUGAUAUCGCAAGACUUAUACAUAUCGGUAAGAAAUUGUUAUAGUGAGCGUUGGCUGACCGUGACUUCCAUCCAGUGAAGCCCACCCUGGAGCAGUUGAGCUUAGGUGCCUAUGACAUUACGAUCAGAUUCAAGAGCGUCGCGGUUCACGCCGCAGAACAAAACUACCAAUGAACGACUCUCCACGCAUACGGUCGGUCUCGUUGCCCUCUCCGACUUUCGCAAGCGACGCGCCGAAGUCCUUGAACAACAGGAGCGCGAAUCUCGAGAAGCUGCGUACUCAGGCACGUCCACUCCGGAUGCUUCCUUGACAGGCACUCCUGACAACGCUGGUAGUGAUACUGGACGUGGUGCGCAACCAUUGAAGAAGAAGAAAAAGAAGCAGGGGAAGAAACUGUUAUCAUUCGACGAUGAAGAGGGUGAGGAUGAGGGGCCAUUGAUAAAACCGACAAAGGCCAAGAAGGCCCUCGCAGACGACACCGAAGGUAAUGAGGGCGAGGUCAAGACCAAAUUCAAGGCAAAUGCGUCGGUGGGCAUAGUGCCCAAAGCCAUGACGAAAGCUGCGUUGCGCAAGGAAGCCGCUGAACGAGACGCACUACGCCGCGAAUUCUUGGCUAUCCAAGCAGCCGUCAAAGCAACCGAGAUUGCGCUACCUUUCGUAUUCUACGACGGGACUAAUAUUCCUGGUGGAAUCGUCAGAUUGAAGAAGGGCGACUUCAUAUGGGUGUUCCUCGACAAAAGUCGCAAAGUUGGCGCCGAUCUGGGCGUGGGUGAAAAGUCCAACGCAAGGAGGGAAUGGGCUAGAGUUGGAGUGGACGAUUUGAUGCUUGUUCGCGGAACAGUCAUAAUACCUCACCAUUAUGACUUCUACUUCUUCGCCAUGAACAAGACACCCGGUCCUGAUGGCGAGCCUGUAUUUAAGUACAGUGCGGAACCUCCUCGAAAACCCGAAUCGACCGAUAAUGCCGAACCCAGUGAUCCCCUCGUCACGCCCACCUCCAACGCUGCUAUUGCGGACGCGCUUCCCAAUAUUAACACCCUUGAGGGCGCUGACGAAGACCCCACUCUUACGAAGGUUGUUGAUAGGCGGUGGUACGAGAAGAACAAACAUAUCUUUCCUGCGAGUAUGUGGCAGGAGUUUGACCCUGAGAAGGACUACGGGAAGGAGGUGAGGAAGGAUGCUGGUGGUAAUACGUUCUUCUUCUCGCGCUGAGAUGAUGCUGUCGACUGACACAAAACAUCGAUAAGUGUUUGGAAGUGGGUUGCGUCGGCUCCUUGGGCGUUGGAUAUAUCACAAGUGGAUCACCUUUGAGUUUGGCUGAGAGGUCAUAGAGACACUCAAAACGCGUGGGAGAAGCUUCAACCGAAGAGCAUCCAGCCUGCCCAGCACGCGCCCGCGAGCACCCACCAACCAGGCCAGAAGAGCAUGAGGAAGACCAUGUUCCCGCUGCCGAGAAUGAAGACGGCGAAUUCGUACCAGAGCUUUUUUCGUAAUCUCUGGACAUUCUUGGAGUUCCAUGCACUGGCGACGGCUUGGGUAGACAUGUUGAAGCUGUGAAAAGCGCUAUAUUUCGCUGCGAUGAGGACGUUUAGGGACAGGAUCUUGCUCCCCUGAAGGACGGCGACGAACGCGCUGCUCGCGAUGAUGCAGGCAUGGAGGCAAAGGAAGAUGGAGAUUGACCCGACAAGGCUCUGGAAGCGAAGGACAAUUUGUAGUGACGGAACGAUCAACCUGGUGAUGUCGGACCGGGGAUGGGUCGAAACGUUCAGAUCCACUUUGGAAGCCGUUAGAAGUGUAGCUUUGUCCAUGAUCUCGAUCUGGGGAUGGAGUCUCGAUUAAGUACCGAAAUGAACCAACGGUAGAUCGAGGCUUGCAACAGUACAAGAAUAUCAGAGAAAAAACGAGAACGUGUUUAACAAAUUGACUUAUUCAAUAAAUCCCACCAACUGCUGGA